CGCGGGCUGGUCCAGUUCACCAUCAGCGGCGCCGAAGGGAACCCUCCCUUAGACACCCGCGAAGAAAAGGGAGUCUCAGAUGCAAAGCCUCUCAGCAUCCACACCUACCCUCUUCGCCUCCACCCCAACACAGGACGAAGAGCUUGACUGCAAGGUUACAGUUGACACAGGCAAAGAGCCUAGUUGUUCAGAUCCAGUUAACAGUCUAGAGAAGUACACCAAAUUCAUCAUGAUUGAAGACAAUAAGGAAAACAAAGAGCAUUCCUUAGAAAGGGGAAGGGCAACGCUCAUUUUUUCCUUAAAGAAUGAAGUUGGAGGACUCAUAAAAGCACUGAAAAUCUUCCAGGAGAAGCAUGUGAACCUGUUACAUAUCGAGUCCCGAAAAUCAAAGAGAAGAAACUCAGAAUUUGAGUUUUUUGUUGACUGUGAUAUCAACAGAGAACAAUUGAAUGAUAUUUUUCAUUUGUUGAAGUCUCAUACUAAUGUUCUCUCUGUGAAUCCACCCGAUAAUUUUACCAUGAAGGAAGAUGGUAUGGAAAUUGUUCCUUGGUUUCCAAAGAAGAUUUCUGACCUAGACCAUUGUGCCAACAGAGUUUUGAUGUAUGGAUCUGAGCUGGAUGCAGACCAUCCUGGCUUCAAAGACAAUGUCUACCGUAAAAGACGGAAAUAUUUUGCAGACUUGGCUAUGAACUAUAAACAUGGAGAUCCCAUUCCUAAGGUCGAAUUCACUGAAGAGGAAAUUAAGACCUGGGGAACCGUGUUCCGAGAGCUCAACAAACUUUACCCAACCCAUGCCUGCAGAGAGUAUCUCAGAAACUUACCUUUGCUUUCUAAAUAUUGUGGAUAUCGGGAAGAUAAUAUCCCACAGUUGGAAGAUGUUUCAAACUUUUUAAAAGAGCGCACGGGUUUUUCUAUCCGUCCUGUGGCUGGUUACUUAUCACCAAGGGACUUCUUAUCAGGUUUAGCCUUUCGCGUUUUUCACUGCACACAAUAUGUGAGACACAGUUCAGACCCCCUUUAUACCCCAGAGCCGGAUACCUGCCAUGAACUCUUAGGUCAUGUCCCCCUUUUUGCUGAACCUAGUUUUGCACAAUUCUCCCAAGAGAUUGGCCUGGCGUCACUUGGAGCUUCAGAGGAGGCUAUUCAAAAACUGGCAACGUGCUACUUUUUCACUGUGGAGUUUGGUCUGUGCAAACAAGACGGGCAGCUAAGAGUCUUUGGUGCAGGCUUACUUUCUUCUAUCAGUGAACUCAAACAUGCACUUUCUGGACAUGCCAAAGUAAAGCCCUUUGACCCCAAGAUUACCUGCAAACAGGAAUGCCUUAUCACCACUUUUCAGGAUGUCUACUUUGUAUCUGAAAGCUUUGAAGAUGCAAAGGAGAAGAUGAGAGAAUUCACCAAAACAAUUAAGCGCCCUUUUGGAGUGAAGUAUAAUCCGUAUACACGGAGUAUUCAGAUCUUGAAGGACAUCAAGAGCAUAACCAGCGCCGUGAAUGAGCUGCGCCAUGACCUUGACAUUGUCAGUGAUGCCCUUGCGAAGGUCAGCAGGCGGCCGAGCAUCUGACAGUUGCCAGUCUUAAUCCUGAGAGCAUCUGAGCAUCAAUUCAGAGGCCUGUGGGCCAACUCUUGCUUUUCCUGAAGGCUUGGUCAUGGAGAAACGGCAGCUAAAUUAUAUUUUCUAUUCUUGUCUUUGAAAAUUUGUACCUGGAUACUCUAGCCACCACUUAUUAUUAUUAUUAUUAUUAUUAUUAUUAUUUGGUAACAACUUUAGUAAAAUAUGAUUCACAUACCAUAAAAUUCACUGACCACCCUUUUUUUUUUUUCUUAUAGACAGAGGUUGCUUGACCCAACAGAUAGAUCUAGUCCCAGUCUGAUUCUAUUUUCCCCGGUCCAUGUUGAGUAAAAUGACCUUCCUGAUCACUUCAAAUAUCUGGAUGGGUGUUAUGGAGCUGGUCUAUACUGUUACCUAAGAUCCUCUUAUUUCUAAAGUAUCUUAUUACUGAAUUUUCACCAAGCUCAAUCACAUUCACACCCAUAAACUUAAUAGGUGACCAGCUGCUAGCAUGAGAAAAAGUAUAAAGGCCUUUGCCCAUGAAGCAUACUUAGUAAAGAACAAGUAGUUUAGUUUCAAGUAUAGUGUCUUAUAGGGAAAUAGGAGUAGCUAAAUCUGGAAAGAUUGCUUGGGAAAUAAUCCUUAUGACCAGACUAAAAAUUUGGGACUUUGUUUUGUAGGCACUAGGGAGCCGCUUCCCAAGUGACCAUCCCACUUGAAACUCUUUCCAUUCUAUGGCAUUGCAUGAUGCUGGUUUUGUUUUAGAUGAUCUGUCCUACUCAUGGAACCAAGGGAACUUGGUGGGUGUACCACUUGCAUGGCCCUGAACUAAGACAUGCAGCCCCAGGUAUCGUGAUGUGAUUGUCCUCAGGUUAGCAGGAGACAGUGUUGUCUGAGGGAGAGUUCAAACUGAGACAGGGGAGGAAAGCACAAAGUUAAAGUUGGAAAAGCAGUGUUGAGCACUUUAUUUCCAAGGUAGAAGGUGAGACCAUCAAUAGGAAGGCGAGUCAUGAGGGUAGAGGGUUGGGAAACAGGGAGGAAACAGAAUGUAACAAAGGCUGGGAAGAACAUGUUAGGACCGACACUGUAAUACUGGAAGGGUUGUGAGAUUGGUUUUUAUGUGGUGUCAGCUGUGUAGCACAGGGAGCAGGGCCUGAUAUAAAUGGGUGAAGCUGGACUCCCAAAUACAUGCUGUGUCUCUUUAAUUUGCUCCUUUCUUCCCCUCUACCCACUAAAGGGAGGUUUUCCUCAAGUGCGUCUUUCGCCUUCUCUUCCUGCUACCUCUUAAUGGGAAUAGUCACAUCCAUUUCUUCAAUCCUUAUUUUGUAUUACUCUCAUAUUUGCAGUUCUAACACUGACAUGUUUCUUGAAAUUUUGCCUCUUUAAUUCCAGCUGAACGCUGGAUAUUUUCAUCUAGAUGUCCCAUAAGUUAGGCCAAUGUUGUACAACUUUUUGUAGCACCAUUCACAUAGAAUGAAAUGUGUUAUGUAACGUGGCUGCCCUACCAAGUAUCUCAAACUCAACAGGACCAAAAAGAAACUAAGAAUCGCCUGAAUAUUAUACCCCAACAGCUUCCUCUCCCAGUGAUCUCAUUUCUAUUAAUGCUAUUUUAAGGGUCAUAUUUUCAGCCAAUUUUCCAUUCCUAAGAAACUGUGUUCUUAUCUUUUCACAUUAGUAGUCUAAUUCUAUAUCAUUUAACAUGUUUUAUUUCAACAGACUGCUAGAUCUUUUAAUCCUUUUUAGACCUCAAAAGAAAUUUUAAAAACCUUUCUAAAACUUACUUUCAUUUUAUGUCCUAUUAAGAAAUAGAAUUGGGAAAAGUAAUUCAUGCUAUAUCCCAUAUUUACAUUACUUAUAAAUUUUAAUAGCUGAUUAACCAUUAAAUAUACAUUUGAUAGUAAAUAGAUCUAAGUCAGUUACUCUAAAAAACAUUUGAAAUAUUCAUUGACUAGUUUACCAUUAAUGUAUUUGGUUACAAGGAAAUCUAUUGUAAAAUAACCAUGAUAGAUAGUAAAUAACAGCAAAUUAUGCAUACUGUAUCUGGUUAUUUUCAUACAACUCUGAUCAUGGUGAAGAAUCAUAGUUAUUGAAUUUUAAAAUGAUGGUGUUUAAAAUCACUCUGUGACUAAAUGUUUAAAGGCACAACCAUUAUAAUUCACAGCUUCAGAAUAAUGGAAAUACUUAAUGAUUGAUUUCAGUUCUUCUAACCUCUGGAUUUGUGAUAUUUGAUAUUAGAGACUCUUAAGAGUCCUGAGAGUCUUAGAAUUUUCAUACAUUUUAAAUGUAUAGCUUCAAAGAAUCUAGGAAUAUGUUAAUAGUUACUCAAAUAUGAGAACAGAAUUGAGCCAAAAGUUUGGUUCAUAGUUCUUAAUCAGUGAGUUGUUACUCAAAGACAUAGAUAGUAUUUUCCUGACUUUUUGAAGAAAGCUCCCAAAAGCUGGUCAUCAGAAUGCCUACAUUUCUUAAUCUGCCUAUGUUUUCAUUCAUAAUUAUACAGUAGUAAUGAACCACGAAAAUGUACAGAAUUAGAGUUAAUUUUUAAGUUGACUUCCAAAUUGAAAAAAAAAUCCUGGAAUUCUUUGAAGAACAUAUAAUAGAAUUCAUAUAUUAAUUUCUAGGAAAUGUAUAAAUAUACUGUGGUCUAUUUCA